AUGGAAUAGAAAUACUUUUGGGAUAAUGAAUUUCCAUUAAAUUAAUUCUUGUUAAUAUAGCAUCCUGAUGAAAUCUACCAUCUACUAUACAGGAUAGUAUAUUUAAUAAAAGUGUAAACUCCUUUAAAACAAAAGAUAUUUUUUGAUUACUUCUCUUACUUUAAAAUGAGCAACACUCCUUGCAAGUUAAAUACAAAGAUGUUACUCCGCAAUUUUGAUAUUAGUAAUACAAAGAUUAAAUGUUGUGAUGUAGGGUUUUGAU